CUGUGGCUUGAUGAACAAUGUUUUGAACAUGCUCCCAGAACAAAAAGGGAAUGCUCCUGUGAUCAGCGUUACACUUUCCAUCGCCUACCUACAGACGAGGAAGCCAGAAGGAUGUGGCUGAAAAACCUGAAUUUGAAGAGACCCCCGAAAACACUGUAUGUCUGUUCAUUUCAUUUCAUCGACAAAAAGCCGACGGAGGAAAACCCGCAUCCUACUUUGUGGCUGGGCUACGACAGACCACCAGAUAAGAAACGCCGGGUCCUCAGAAGGAUUGACAGCAGUGCCAGGAGUACAUCAGAUGAGCUUGAUGAAAUGGAGGUGAGUGAGGAGCCAAGCUCAACAUCCGUGCAUUCUUGUGAUGCCCAAACACAGUGGGUUGACCCAGGGAUGGAGGACCACACAUACUCGAAAGGACCUAUCAUCUCUUGCAGUAUGAGCACACCAUCCCCAGAACUGUCACAUCCUGUUGCAGAUGGUAUGUUACAGAGUGAUGCAGACUCCCUCUUGUAUACAGGAAUCCCACUAGUUGAGUUUCACACCCUUGUUUCCUGCCUACAACCAUUUGCUCCAACUGCAUCAUCCGUGCCAGUGGUGGAUCAAAUCCUAAUGACGUUAAUGAAACUAAGACAAAACUUUGUCAUGGCUGAUGUAGCACGGCGAUUUAAAACAUCACAAAGUCAGGUCAGCAAGACUGUUGGACAGUGGAUAGACAUAAUGUCUGAACACAUGAGGGACCUUAUUCCAUGGCUGCCUCGUGAAACAAUCAGAGCUACAUUGCCACAGGCUUUUAAGGAGCAAUUUUCAAAUACAACCUGUGUAGUUGACUGCUCAGAGACUGUCCUGCAGAAAGCCAAAAAUCUGGACUCUAGAAGCGAAUCAUACAGUCACUACUAUGCCAGCAACACAGUGAAAUAUUUAGUGGCAAUUUCUCCCUCUGGAAUUAUCAUGUUCAUUUCAGAUGCUUAUGGUGGCAAAUGCAGUGACAGGUACAUAACACAGAGCUCAGGGUUUCUGGACUACUUGCGUGCUGGAGACGAGGUGAUGGGGGACCGUGGUUUCACAAUUAGGGACCUGCUGGAGGAGCGAAGGGUGAACUUAAUCAUACCAGCAUUCACACGCAAAGGAAGCCAGCUGACCAAUGAGGAGGUCACUCACACACGACGCAUCGCUCAUGCCCGCAUUCAUGUUGAACGGGCAAUAAGGCGUCUGAAGGUGUACAAGAUUCUUUCUCAAACAGUGCCAAUUAACUUGGUACCAAAGAUAGAUAAAAUACUCAAGAUCUGUGCUGGUCUAGUGAAUUUAAGAGGUGAGCUUAUUUCAAGUGAAAAAUGAACUGUAUUUCCUGUGUUAAUUGUCUGUUUAGGUUGACAUUACUCUUGAUUUUUGAUUGGUGGUGCGCAGUGUUGCAAAAGAAAAGUAAUGAAAUGCAUUAACACUAAA